CUCGCACCCCAUCCCAUAUGCUGCUCCCUCCUUUUUCUCUUCUUCACAUCGUCGUCGCUCCCUCUUCUGUCUAAACUUCUGUUCUACGUCUCCCUCCUUUGGUCCUCUGCCCCCUGCGCUUCCCCGGGCCAAGACGCCGCCGCUGCACGCUCGCACGCACACAAACACACGUCAGAGCGUCUAUCGUUUGCGCGCGUCGUCGCCCCGCGAUACUAUAACAAACAAGCCCCCCCGCGGCACAGACCAAGGAAAAAAACAAACCGCCGCAUCCACCUCCACGAAGCCGUCGUCGCUCUCCCACUGCUACCCAGCGUCGCGUCUCUGCUCGCUCUCGCCAUGGCCGCCGCCGCAACCUACAAGCAGUUCCUUGCCAGCCCUAGCUCCUCGCUGCUGGCAGACAAGGCGACCCUGCACUAUGUUCCCACCACCACCACAUUGUCUGGCGCGACCGAAAUUAUCAAGCACCUAAACUCGCUCCAGAAGCAGGUCAAGAAGAAGAAGGAGGAGAUUCUCAAUGUCGUGGACGGUGGGAACCUCAUCGCCGUCGAGACAGACACGGGUCUGGAGUUCCAGACAAGCGGCGGAACCUACCUCCCGGGCCUCGACGACAACUUCCUCACCGAUCGUGUCGCCUAUCUGCCCAUUAUCCACAUCGUAACCUUUGACAACGACGGCAAGAUCGCACAGAUUCGCCAGCAGUGGGACCAGGGCGCCCUCCUGAAGCAGGUUGAGAUCAUUGGCAAGAUGGGUCGCAACUGGCCCAUCAAGGAUAGCAGGGAGCAAAUUGCCAUGAUCCAAUCGUGCCUGAAAGCAUCUGGCAAGGCCAUGGCUUCCGCCUCCCAGGACCACAAUGACGUCGUCAUUCGCACUCGCGGCAACUCCAACAACGCUCUUCGAGACCCCCAUGCCUCGCUGCAGCUCUUCGGCAACCGGGAGGAGCUCGAGGCCGUCGAGGCCGCCGCCGUCGUGUCGCCUUAUGCGGGCAACCGUCCCCGGCAGCGCGGCUUCGCUGAAAUCUUGGGCGACGAGCCUCACGCUGACGAGGAGGAGCACCGUCAGCGAUCCGUGUCCCCCACCAAGGUUGGCGGGGGCAAGAAUUUCCAGCCCAUGAGAAUCUUUGAGGGCCAGGAGCAUCGUGAGGAGGAGGAGGAGACGCCCAAGAACAAGGGCAGCACCUUCAUCCGACCCAACCCUCGCAAGUACGAGCACUUUGACUUUGCCGACGGGUCCGACCCGCAGGACCACCCGGAACGCGGCGUGUCGCAAGACGAGCGGCCCAGGUCCAAGCACGACAGCCAGUGGUCCUUCGACGACUUUGUCACCCCCCACAAGCCCAAGCCCACCAAGACGUACCGCCACCAGGAUGAACGCCACUGGGACACGGAGGCCAAGGACGACGACGAGGCGGGAAAGCCGGCGGGCAAGGGCCGCCGGGACGCCGAGACGCACUUUGAGCUCCAGGACGACGGCGAGCGCCUGCCGCACCAGAACCGCCCCGGCACCAGGCCUCGCGGCGCCAUGCACAACGAGGGACUCGGCCUGUACAAGAACAAGCUCUUCGAUCAGGAGGCGGCCACCCCGGGGCCCAAGCGCGCCUUGGGCAACAUCACCAAUCUCAAAGAUCGCACCAAGGACUUUGAUGCCCACUUCGCCAUGACGGAUGACUCGCCGGCGCCGGAGCCUCAGCGGUCCCAGAACGUCCCCGAGGCCCGCAUGAAGGCGGUGAAGAUGAUGGACGCCAACUGGGCCGCCUACGACCAGUCGCCCACCUCGCAGAAGGAGAACCAGCCCCGGGCCAAGACGCAGGAGAACACCAAGAUUCACAUUGCCGGCGAUGGCAUGGGUGGCAAGAAGGGCACCGACCGAGACUGGCUCUACGGCGGUGCCACCGAGGAGAAGGAGCGCAUCCACAUCGCGGGCGACGGCAUGGGCGGCAAGAAGGGCACCGACCGGAACUGGCUCUACGGCGGCGACGCCGAGGAAGAGGUCCCCAAGCCCGCACCCUCGCGGAAAGGCAACGCAGCGGCCUCGCAGAAGAGCUUCUGGGACUUUUAGGACGGACUCGCCAAGCUGGCAAAAAUCGGAUCCAGGGCAGCUCCCUCUGCGGAGUGCGCUGCCAUUGACGACUACACGCCUACACGCGGCUCAUGACUCAUGAAAGAGAGCCCCCCCACCGUUUUUCUAUUUGAUUCACCGUCUGUUGUUCUUUCUCUUUAUGGUUGCAUCGAUAUCACAUCACGUCAGUCUCGCUUUCCAGCCGUUGGACACUGCGCGAAGACAAAAGAGACACGACGCGAGUUUGUUUCCGCUGCCAGAAUCGUGGAUGGGAUGGGCAAGAUGUACAUGUGCUCUCCCGCUGCUGUUGUCGACCAGCAUUUGUAUGUAUUCUCUUGUAUGUCGCAGUUGCCAGAGGGAGGAGAAAUCAAAGAAAUUGUGUACUCUUCCUUUCGUGUCGAGUGCCCGGGCAAUAAGAAUAUAACGAAUAGAGCACUCUCUCUGUCUAACACGCGGGGGCGGCAGCAAAGAGGCGAGGAGGCAGCUAUGCUGGGUGGGUAGAACGUAGGUACUGAGGAAAGGGGGUGGAAACGUGGGCGUCUGGCGGGUUUGGGGGGCAGCUCGGGGUGACCUUUGCGUUAGUAGGUAUCGUGUAUGUUCAGGAUGUCAGACGGUGCCCGGCUCCAUUAUUACUCGAGCGAGCGAGCACCCGCGGUAGAUAUAAAGCGGUUUUAUAAAGCGGUUUUAUAGGUACACAUCACCGUGGGCGGCACUCUCUCCCAAGUCUGUCCAGAGAUCCAGGGAAGUACUAACGCGUGCUGGCUGCUGUUGCCGCUGCUGGAACCUGACUGGGCACCUGACGGCGGCAGCACAGAGGAGGGAG